UCUAGUAUUACUAGUAAUACUGGUCCUCCUCGGCGAUCGAUGACGUGGCGCUCUUUUAUUUGACUGACGAAACAUCGCAUAGUUACCGCACCGGGACCAAACCGCUGUUUUGUGUCCGGUGCUUGGAGUUCCUAACUUUCCCAUCCCUCUUCUUCUCUCUCACUGCAAUUUCAAGGUUUCAAUCCCAUUUCAAGGAGAACUUGAAUUGGAGAAUUGGGAAUAAUCUGAAACUGCGUUUUCUGUUUUUGGAACAAAAAUCAGACACCCAAUUGGCAUUUUCUUGGUUGUUGGUAAAACUUUGGGAAUUGAAUUUUUGAGGGUGUUUGGUGAAUUGGGUUUGUUGAAUUUUGCUUAAGUUAUAAGCUGGUGUUUUGAUUAUGGAUGGUAAUAAGGAUGAAGCGCUGAGAUGUUUAAGCAUUGCUAAAGAAGCUGUUGCUUCUGGUAAUAAAGGGCGUGCUAUGAAGUUUAUCAGAAUUGCACAACGACUUAAUUGUGAUUUGCCAGUUGAUGAAUUAUUGGCCGCUUGUGAGAAGCUUGAUUCUGAGUCACCUGCAUAUUCUGUUGAUAAAGAACGUGUUAGUGAGAUCAAGAAUGAGCGUGGCCCGGCCAAAUCUUCUCAGAGCUUAAAUGGGGAGCAAAAUUAUACUGAAGAGCAUCUUCAGCUGGUUAGGAAGAUUAGAAGGAAUAAGGAUUACUACACAAUUCUUGGUGUGGAGAAAACUUGUUCUGUUGAGGAGAUUAGGAAAGCUUAUAGGAAAUUGUCUUUGAAAGUUCAUCCUGACAAAAACAAGGCUCCUGGUUCAGAAGAGGCAUUUAAGAUGGUGUGCAAAGCUUUCAAGUGUUUGAGUGAUGUUGAUUCAAGGAGACAGUAUGACCAGGUUGGGUUGGUUGAUCAGUUUGAAUACAACCAGCAACACAACGUUAGGCGGAGGAGGAGGAGAACUGAGCAUGGUUUUUAUGACGAUGAGUUUGAUCCUGAUGAGCUUUUCAGGGCAUUUUUUGGUCAGGGUCAGAUGUUUCGAGCGAGUCAUGUAAACAGGACCCGGGGAAUGGGUGGUCAACAGAGGGAGGAGUUCCGGGGAGGACUUAAUUUAAUGCUUGUCCUUCAAAUAUUGCCCUUCUUGAUAAUUUUACUGCUUGCUUAUCUGCCUUAUUCAGAACCUGACUAUUCAUUAAAUAAGAAUUUCUCCUAUCACAUUCCCAGGACAACCGAGAAAUAUGGCAUGGAAUUUUAUGUUAAAUCACCAGCAUUUGAUGACCGUUAUCCUCUUGGAAGUCCUGGUCGGGCUAACAUUGAGAAUACUGUAAUCAAUGAUUACAAAAACAUGUAUUUACGCUAUUGUCAGAUGGAGCGCCAAAGGCAGCAAUGGAGUAAGAAUCUGCCUACUCCUCACUGCAAUAAGCUACGUGAUCUUGGGUUGGUGUGAAGGGGCUAUAUUCUGUAGGAUCUGGCAUACUUCUAAUGAUACUCUAUUGAUUAACCUGGCAAGAGCUAGUGCUUGGUUGAUAAAGUACAUAGUUGGGUUUGGUUCCAUGAUGCGAUGCACGGUUUUCCUUCUCUCCAAUUCAGACUUUUUGGCCAUGCAGCUGUUUCCAGUGUGGUCAAAGUCGGUGCUAAAGAGGGUUUUCAACAAUGUAUCAUGUUGUGUAAUGUGGUGAAAUAUUACAUAGUGCACCGGUUGCAUAGAUUAUCUGUUGAGCUGAUGGUAGAGAGUGAUAUAUGUAAUAAACAUAUAUUGAACAAUCUGCUUUGCGAUACCAAUUAGAUGAUAUGGUUACCUUUUUAUAGCA